GGGAUUUGAAAGAUUAAAAACUCGGGGCGGAGAGAGCGGCGGCGUUGAAUGUGUGGCAGAAGCGCUGGGGGUCGCGGCUUCUCCGCACCAUGAAUUACCCGGGCCGCGGGUCCCCGCGGAGCCCGGAGCGUAACGCCCGGGGCGGCGGCGCCUGGGAGCUGGGCUCUGAUGCAGGGCCGGCGUUCGGCGGCGGCGUCUGCUGCUUCGAGCACCUGCCCGGCGGGGACCCGGGCGACGGCGACGUGCAGCUGGCACUGCUGCGCGGGGAGCCGGGGCUGCACUUGGCUCCGGGCACCGAGGACCACGACCCCCGCCUGGCGCUGGACUCCUGCCUCAGUGACGAGAACUAUGACUUCAGCUCUGCCGAGUCGGGCUCCUCGCUGCGCUACUAUAGCGAGGGUGAGAGCGGCGGUGGAGGGAGUUCCUUGUCGUUGCACCCGCCACAGCAGCCGCCUCUGGUCGCGACAAACUCCGGGGGUGGCGGGGCGGCCGGAGGGGGCCCCGGGGAGAGGAAGCGGCCCCGGCCGGGCGGCCCGGCCGCCCGCCACCGUUACGAGGUGGUGACGGAGCUGGGACCGGAGGAGGUGCGGUGGUUCUACAAGGAGGACAAGAAGACCUGGAAGCCCUUCAUCGGCUACGACUCGCUCCGCAUCGAGCUCGCCUUCCGGACACUGCUGCAGGCUACGGGGGCCCGGCCCCAGGCCAAGAUCCAGGACGACGAGCAUGAGUGCGGCACGGCCUCCCCCGCGGGCCCGGCCUCCAGCUCCGGGGAGGAGGACGACGAGGACCGAGCCUGCGGUUUCUGCCCGCGCACGGCGGGGCACGAGCCCGAAAUGGUGGAGCUGGUGAAUAUCGAGCCCGUGUGCGUGCGGGGCGGCCUCUACGAGGUGGAUGUGACCCAGGGAGAGUGCUACCCUGUGUACUGGAACCAGGCUGAUAAAAUACCAGUAAUGCGUGGACAGUGGUUUAUUGAUGGUACUUGGCAGCCUCUGGAAGAAGAAGAAAGUAAUUUAAUUGAGCAAGAACAUCUCAGUCGUUUUAGGGGUCAGCAGAUGGAGGAAAAUUUUGAUAUUGAAGUGUCAAAAUCCAUAGAUGGAAAAGAUGUUGUCUACCACCUCCCUCCCUUCUCCCUCCCUUCUCUGUUCAAAUGGAGAGGAAAUAAGGAGAGUACAGAUGCCGCAGGUCUUAAACGAAAGCGUUCCCAAGCUAUUCAUAGUUUCAAGCUGAGCCGAAACCACGUGGACUGGCACAGCAUGGAUGAAGUAUAUCUUUACAGCGAUGCAACAACGUCUAAAAUCGCGAGAACGGUCACCCAGAAACUGGGGUUCUCGAAAGCGUCGAGUAGUGGGACGCGGCUGCACAGAGGCUACGUAGAAGAAGCCACCCUGGAGGACAAGCCGUCCCAGACGACCCACAUUGUGUUUGUCGUGCAUGGCAUUGGGCAGAAAAUGGACCAAGGAAGAAUUAUCAAGAACACAGCCAUGAUGAGGGAUGCUGCAAGAAAGAUAGAAGAACGGCAUUUUUCUAACCAUGCAACACAUGUUGAAUUUCUCCCAGUUGAGUGGCGGUCAAAACUAACUCUUGAUGGAGACACUGUGGAUUCCAUCACUCCUGACAAAGUGCGGGGCUUACGGGACAUGCUGAACAGCAGUGCCAUGGACAUAAUGUAUUAUACCAGCCCACUAUACAGAGACGAGCUAGUUAAAGGCCUUCAGCAAGAGCUGAACCGAUUAUAUUCCCUUUUCUGUUCUCGGAAUCCAAACUUUGAAGAAAAUGGGGGUAAAGUCUCAAUAGUGUCCCACUCCUUGGGCUGUGUGAUCACGUAUGACAUCAUGAUGGGCUGGAACCCGGUCCGGCUCUACGAGCAGCUGCUGCGGAGGGAGGACGAGCUGCCUGACGAGGGCUGGCUGAGCAGCGAGGAGCGCCACCUGCUGGGCGAGCUCUUCCUGACCCGGCGGCGGCUGAGGGAGAUAGAAGAACAGCUGCGUGAGCUGAAGGCAUCUAUGACACAAGCACCUGCCUUAAAAUUUAAGGUUGAGAACUUCUUCUGCAUGGGGUCCCCACUGGCGGUUUUCUUGGCAUUGCGUGGCAUCCGCCCUGGAAACACUGGAAGUCAGGACCAUAUUUUACCUAGGGAGAUUUGUAACCGGCUACUAAAUAUUUUUCAUCCUACAGAUCCAGUGGCUUAUAGAUUAGAACCUUUAAUACUGAAACACUACAGCAACAUUUCACCCGUCCAGAUCCACUGGUACAAUACUUCGAAUCCUCUACCUUACGAACAUAUGAAGCCAAGCUUUCUCAACCCAAUAAAAGAACCUACCUCAGUUUCAGAGAAUGACAGUGUUACUACCAUACCGAGCCCCGUGACCUCGCCUGUCCUGUCCCGCCGGCACUACGGAGAGUCCAUAACGAAUAUCGGCAAAGCAAGCAUCCUGGGGGCCGCGAGCAUCGGAAAGGGGCUCGGAGGGAUGCUGUUCUCAAGAUUCGGGCGUUCGUCUACAUCACAGUCACAGCCGUCUGAGGCAUCAAAAGACCCAAUGGAGGAGGAGAGGAAGCCAGUUGCCCCACCUUCUACCACCGCUGUGACAACACAGACCCUCCCGCAUAGCAGCUCCAGCUUCCUGGAUUCUGCAUUGGAGCUGGAUCACAGGAUCGACUUUGAGCUCCGAGAGGGCCUCGUGGAGAGCCGCUACUGGUCCGCCGUCACGUCGCACACUGCCUACUGGUCGUCCUUGGAUGUGGCCCUCUUUCUUUUAACCUUCAUGUACAAACAUGAGCACGAUAAUGACACGAAACCCAAUUUAGAUCCGAUCUGAACUCCUGAAGGACAUUAAUGGCCCCAAACUGAUUUUUUCUGUUAA